AUGGCGGCUGGGCUUAAACCCCUCUUGGAGAAAGCAGGUAUGAGGGGAAUCACUGACGACCUCGGCAUCAGGGUCCUCCAGGACGUGAUGCGAAGUGGUGAUCGUUACGGGGUUUUGAUGUGCCAGUCCUUCAGAUGGCGUAACUUCCUCAUGAGGUACGACAGGGUGCCCGCGUUGCUCAAAAACGCCACUCGUGACUUCCAGGUGACUCCCACUUCGCUUCCGAUUUUAAGUUCAAUGAAUUCUCAGGAUAGGCAUGCAUUCGUCGAGAAGAAGGUGAUCGAACUUGUCAUGACUUCUCUGGGGCUAACUACGCCUCCGGCGAUGGAUCAGCCUCUGCAGGAAUUGGGUAUCGACUCUAUUGGAGCGGUGGAACUUCGAAAUUCUCUGUCGAGCACUCUCGGGAUCAAACUUCCAGCCACUGCUAUGUUUGACUACCCAACUGUGGGAGCGAUGAUCGGCUACGUCAACAAAACCAUAGCUGAGCAGUUUUCAGGCCAUCAUCCCGCUGGAUUGUCCAGCGGCUUUGGAAAGGUGUCAAAAACAGAAAGGAGAGUGGGCACAAUUGCAAUUGUUGGAGCGGCGUGCCACAUGCCAGGUGGUUCGACGACUACAGCGCGUUUUUGGGAAAUGCUGCAGUCAGGAACUGACUGCAUGAAUGAAAUUCCACUUGAUAGGUGGAACAUGUUUGCCUUUUACAAUCGUGAUCCUGACCAUCCAGACACGACCUAUGCAAAGCUUGGUGCUAUGGUUGAGCAGCCUUUCCACUUCGACAAUUCGCUAUUUAACAUUAGCAAUAUUGAAGCGCAAGUGAUGGAUCCUCAGCAGCGUCUCAUGAUGGAAGUUGCGUAUGAUGCUGUUUGGUCUGCUGGCUUCGAGAAGACGGACUUGGUUGACCAGGAAAUUGGUUGCUUUGUCGGUUGCUGUAACUCCGAUUGGCACAUGCUUGAACUCCCGUCUGGCUCCUUCACAGGAACUGGUGGAGCACCUUCAAUAAUCUCGAACAGAGUUUCUUACGUCUUUGGCCUGAAGGGACCCUCACUAACAGUUGACACAGCGUGCUCUUCGUCCCUCGUGGCCCUGGACAGCGCUGCUACGAAAAUCUCUGAAGGCUGCUGCACAGGCGCUCUGGUUGGAGGCGUCAACAUAAUGUUGUCUCCCAACUUAUUCAUUUGCUUUGCUAAGGCCCGUAUGAUUUCUCCAGACUGUCGUUGCCGCUCAUUCGACCAGAGAGCAAAUGGCUAUGCACGAGGUGAGGGCGUUGGCAUGGUCUUCUUGCGCCCUCUCGAAGACGCCUUGAAGGAUGGAAACCCAGUGUUUGCAACCCUCAGAGGUUCAGCUGUGAACCAUGGAGGGAGAAGUGCAAGUCUUACUGCGCCUAGCGGACCUGCCCAGCAAGCUGUCAUACUCGCAUGCCUGGGACAAGCAGGGGUUCAGCCCCACGAAGUGACAAUCCUGGAGGCCCACGGAACAGGCACCCCUCUUGGAGAUCCAAUAGAGAUGGGCGCCGUCCGUGCAGUCUACGGGAUGGGAAGGACUGCUGAAACACCGCUGUUUAUUGGAGCCCUCAAGAGCAAUAUUGGGCACUUGGAGGGUGCUGCAGGCAUAGCAGGUCUGAUAAAGCUUAUGCUGUGCCUUCGGCACCGCGAGAUCCCUCAAAAUCUUCACUUUGAGAAGAUCAAUUCAUAUAUUGAGCUAGAUGACAUGCCGGUGGUUUUCCCCAAGUCGUCGAUGGGUCUCACGGGAAGCACAAAGCUGCUUGGCGCUGUGAGCUCUUUCGGCUUCGGCGGUGCAAAUGCUCACGCAGUGCUUGAGGAGUAUGUUCAGCUGGAGACGACUGCAAGGCGGAGAGAGCCCAUCGGGUGGUGCCGCAAAAGCUUCAAUACUCGCCAGGUUCUGCACCCUCAUGUCGCUCGGGUUCAAGAAACGGAUGGCGGUGACAUCGUCUACGAAGGAGAAGUCAGGAGGGAACACUACGAAAUCAUGGCACAACAUAAACUUCAUGAACGCCCUGUGAUGCCGGGAGCCUUGUACUUGGAAACUAUGGCUGCCGCUGUCAGCUGCAAGCGCUCCAAACCGUCAGGUUGCAUCUGCCCAGUUGAGGUAGACCACUCUAAGAUCGUAGUGCUGGAGGAGGUAGAAUUCCAGCGUCCUAUGCUCCUGGAAAAGCCAGUCACAGACGGCUUGCAUGACACGCAGCGGCUCUUCGUUAAUGUAGCCCCAGGAGGCCAAGUAACUCUUUCAAGCUCUAGAGGGGAAGACGAUGAAACAUUUGUCCAUGUGUCGUGCCGUUAUAUCAAAGAAGAGCAACAAGAGAGAGAAACAAGUUCACCUGAGGAGCUACUAAAAAUUUUUGAAACGGACAAAAACCGCCAGGCUGUGGAUGUGGAACAAAUGUAUCAACGUAUUAAAGACAAUGGGCUAGUCCUCGGUCCGAAAUUCCGCGUAGUCAAGGCCAUCGAGUGUGGGCCUUCGAGUGCAAAAUUGCGCCUCGAGUUACCCGGCCCCAUUACCACGGGUGAAACUGGCUACCGUCUCCAUCCUUGUGUUCUUGAUGGGACUUUCCAGACAGUGGGAGCAUUGGUGAUGUCUCAUGACCUUGCAGUGGCAAAGAGGGAUUCGCUCCAGCCUCGUCCUUUCCGGCUUAUGAUUCCCUUCAUGGUCCAGCGAGUAGCCAUGGGAUCUAUGAACGGUGUGCAUAAAGCUCUCCUUGCUCAUGUCGCUCUUGUGAAGCGUGACGCCAGUCAAGCUGUGAUGGACAUUGAAAUUAUGACUGAAGAGGGAGAAUGGAUUGCUACUAUUACCCGCUUGACAAUGAGGGCGGUGGACCCCGUCCCAGCAGCUGAAGUUCCUCGGGAGUUGCUAUGGCGGUCACAGUGGCAGAAAUUUAGAACGCUCCCCGAUAUUCCAGAGGAUGCCAGAUUUGAGGUUUUCUUGAUUGACUUCCGGGAGAAAAAAGACGGAACCUUCACUCACCUUGAAGAGAUCAUGAAACCCUGUAAAUGCACCCUUGUGAGCAGUCCGAGUGUGGAAGAACUUAUGCCAAUGCUCGUCAACGCACGGGAGGGUUCUAAGGAGCUUCCCAAGCUGGUUGUAGUUGCGGCAACUACGGAUGCAGCAAGUGAUACUUCCGUUGUCGUUGGUCUUACAGUCCUCUGUAGGGCAGCCCGUCGGGCCAUAAUGACUGACAAGGCGGCUGUGCUUAGACCCAUUUGGGUCGUAACCAGGGGCCUGUUCACCACAGAAGGACCCCGCGGAGGCUGUUCCCAAGCAGGAGUUUGGGGGUUUGCACGCGCUGUGCGCUUAGAAACGGCAGCGCAAUUGGGUCGGCUGAUCCCACUCGGAUGCGUGGAUAUCGCCGACACAGCCAGUUUACCUCAGACCUUGCACGCAUUAGCUACACUUCAAGAAACGCAACCGUACGAGCCGGAGCUGAUUGUGUGCACAAAACUUGCUCAAGGAAUGGCUGAAGAGGAUGCACCCCUUGACAACGGGAGUGAAACACAAGCAGAGCCACAACCCGAAGAGCCCUCUAUUUUUGUUCACCGGCUUGCAAAGUGGAAGAAGGGAGUUCGAGGACCUGUUGAACUUCAUCUCCCUGACAGAGGAGCUAUAGCUAGCCUUGUUCUUCGCGCACAAGCAGUCAGCCACAGGCGACAACCGAAAGGAAACAUGGUCGAGGUCAGAGUGCGUGCCAUUGGACUGAAUUUCCGCGAUGUCCUCAACGUAAUGGGACUUUACCCUGGGGAUCCAGGUCCACCAGGAUCUGACUGCGCAGGGACAGUUGUCGCAGUGGGUCCAGAGGUAAAGCGCUUGAAACUCGGUGACACCGUAUUCGGCAUUGUCCCUGGAUGCCUAAGGACUUUUGCAGUGACGAGCGAAGAUUUACUGUGGAAGCUGCCCGAAGGCUUGUCCUUUGCUGAAGGUGCUACACUUCCAGUUGUGGCAACAACUGUUCAGCAUGCACUCGGAGACCUUGCCAGAGUCAAGGCAGGCGACAAGGUUCUGAUUCAUGCCGUUUCGGGAGGAGUCGGCCUCGUGGCCAUACAGCACUGCAAGCGGGUCGGGGCCAUUGUCUAUGGGACAUGCGGAAGUGAAGCUAAGACCAAGUAUGUGAAAGAUCUGGGUGUGCAGUUCGUGACGUCCAGCCGAAAACCCGACAUCUUUGUCAAAGAUAUGCAGAAAUAUCUGGGAAAGAAUGGUAAAGUUGACGUAGUCCUAAAUUCUUUACUCGACCCCUUUAUAUCGGCUUCACUUUCGUUCCUAUCAGAAAACGGUAUUUUUAUUGAGCUGGGAAAAAGAGGUAUUUGGACUCAUGAACAAAUGAAAGCGGCACGGCCCGAUGUCCAAUACGAGACUGUCGCUGUGGAUCUUAUGAUUGAAGACAAUCCCCGCUGGUUUGCGCUUCAACUGCAACGUAUGACUCAACGACUGGAAUCCGGAGACCUAAGUCCUAUUCCAGCAACGGUUUUCGACAUGACCGACCAGCAAGAAGGUGUUGGCGCGUUCCGUUUCCUUCAAAAGGCACAGCAUGUCGGCAAGGUGGUCCUCACGGUCCCCAGUGCUCUUUCGCCAAAGCUACAUUCGGCCCUUUUGCAAAAAUCCUAUGUAAUCACAGGUGGCCAUGGAGCCCUUGGACUCGUCGUGUGCAAGAUGCUUGUGGAGGAAGGUGCACGCCACAUUGCACUACUUUCGCGUUCUGGGGAGCCGUCAGCGGAGCUCAAGGACGGCGAGAUUUGGCAAUACCUGUUGAGCACACCACCUAACAUCCAUAUCAAGAACAUAAAGUGCAACAUAAGCAAGAAGGACGACGUUCUAAGAGCUUUACGGUCCGAAGGUGGUGGGUGCUUGGAAUCUGCACGAGUUGCUGCCCUUUUGGGAAACUUCGGGCAGGCGAACUAUGCCGCAGCCAAUGCCUGUCUCGACUCACUCGCUGCAUGGCGACGGUCUAUAGGACUGUGUGGACAGAGCAUCCAGUGGGGACCAUGGAUCGAGCAGGGAAUGGCAGCUGGGUUGAGGCAGGAGGUGGAAAAGCUUGGGCUGCGCGGAAUUACUAACGAUAUCGGCGUGCGUGUCCUUGUUGACUGCCUACGUGGAGGCAACAUGCCGGUACCAGUGCUCUGCCAAGCGUUUAGAUGGAAGAAAUACAGUGAACAGUUCGAUACGAUGCCGCGCUUCUUCGAAUACGUGGAGCUGGACGUCACAACGCCAGCAGCACUCCGUCAACUGUACAGUUCAAUGACCCCGGAGCAGCUGAAGGAGCAUGUUACGAAGGUAGUUAUUGACACCGCUAGGCAGGUCCUGGGGGCCGCAGAAGUUCCUCCGCUUGAUUCCCCUCUGCAGGAGUUGGGUAUCGACUCUUUGGGUGCAGUAGAGCUACGCAACGGGCUUGCCCAAAGACUGGGAGUCAAGCUCUCGGCAACGACCCUCUUCGACUACCCUACUAUAGGGGCAAUAAUCAACUACAUUCAAAACCAAAUAUCUGGAAGUAUUUCUCCAGGAGCAACAGAUAUCUCGACAUCUGCAGUCUCUGCCUUAGGGCACAUUCAGGGACUCGCUAUCAUAGGCGCAUCUUGCAGACUUCCAGGAAACAGCGAUAAUCCUGAGUUAUUGUGGGAGAUGCUCAUAAGGGCAAAGGACUGCGUCUCCGAGAUUCCGUUGACUCGAUUCGAUGUAGAUCUAUUCUAUGACGCGGAAAUAGAUGCGAAGGGGAAGAUGUAUGUCCGCAAGGCGGCGUUUAUGGAUAACGCCGAAAUGUUUGACAACGCAUUUUUCAACCUUUCUGCAGCGGAGGUUAACUACAUGGACCCCCAGCAGCGCAUGGCGCUGGAAGUGGCAUACGAUGCAUUUUAUUCAGCAGGUUACUCUCGCGAAACACUUGUGGGAAAGUCAUUCGGCGUAUGGAUUGGUUGUUGCAACUCGGACUGGCACUUUCUGGAGCAGCAGUCGGAUCCUUUUAAAAGCAGCAGUUAUUCAGGGCCUGGCGGGUCUGGCUGUCUGGUUUCAAACCGCGUCUCUUACGUGUUCGGGAUCAACGGACCUAGCAUGACGAUUGACACUGCGUGCUCCUCUUCACUGGUGGCAAUGGAUUCCGCAUUUCAAGGAAUCCGGCUCGGCUACUGCAGUGGGGCAUUGGUGGCUGGAAUCAACUUGAUGCUCUCCCCACAGCUAUUCCUUGCAUUCUGCAAGGCACGCAUGCUCUCACCAGAGUGCCGUUGUGCUACAUUUGAUGCAGCCGCUAAUGGUUAUGUACGUGGAGAAGGUGCAGGAGCAGUGGUUCUUAGACCACUACAGGACGCUGAGGCCCAAGGACAAAACGUGUUAGCUGUGCUGAAAGGAACAGCUGUUAGUCACAAUGGCCGUAGCGCUAGUCUGACGGCGCCGUAUGGCCCUAUGCAGCAGGAAUGCAUGAAACUUGCCCUUCGGCACGCAAACGUGAACCCAAAAGACGUUCGGUAUAUCGAGUCCCACGGUACAGGAACUUCUCUUGGAGACCCAAUUGAGAUGGGCGCUAUCCGUGCCGUUUACGGAAUAAAUAGAAAUGACAGCAAUCCUCUGAUAGUUGGCGCCCUCAAGUCUUAUAUUGGGCACUUGGAAGGUGGCGCCGGAAUUGCAAAUGUCUUGAAGGUUCUAGUCUGUCUUGCAAACCGUGCCGUACCUCCAAACCUGCAUUACUCGACCCCAAAUCCUUUCAUGGAUAUCGAAGGAUUUCCGCUCCUGUUACCGAAUUCUGUUGUGCCGCUGGAGCCUGCGGUUAACAAGGCAAAAGUGCUUGCAGGGACUAGCUCUUUCGGUUUUGGAGGAGCAAAUGCUCAUGUCGUGCUCGAAGAAUACAUUAGAAAAGUGGGGAAGGCCGCCGUCACCCAGGGUGUGGGAAAGCGGAAAGUUGCAUUUUUCUUCACAGGACAGGGCAGUCAGUAUGAGAACAUGGGAAAGGAACUGUAUGAAAAUGAGCCUGUUUUCCGGGAGGCGCUGGAUGAAUGCAAUAGUAUUCUAAAGGGAAUGCUUCCAGUGCCGUUGAUAGAGGCAAUGUAUCCAACGAAACAAACGCCCCGGGGCUCAUCACUUCUGGAGCAAGCCAUCUACGCUCAAACUGCAAUAUUUGCAGUGGAAUAUUCCCUUCUCUGCCUUGCAAGGAGCAAGGGUCUCGAGCCGGAUGUUGUCUUGGGCCACAGCAUCGGAGAGUAUGCUGCAGCUGUUGCAGCGGGAAUUAUGGAUUUGGAAGACGCCCUUCAUCUAAUGGUAGAGAGAGGGCGGAUAAUGCAGGAAAUCGAUCCUCGGGGAGGCGUUAUGGUCGCAUGUCGGUGCACACAAGAAGAUGCACAGAAGGCAAUUGAAAGUCUUGGCGAAUCAGCAAAGACUGCGGAAGUGUCCGUCAUCAAUGGGCCUAGGAGCAUUGUGCUAGCUGGUGAAGAGUCGCACGUUAUGAAAGUCAUUGAUAAGCUAGGCCUUGGUGAACGGUAUAAGAGACUCAAUACUACGCAUGCCUUCCACAGCAGCUUGGUUGCUGACGCAGUCAAGCCAUUCAGCCAGGCACUUGUCGGCGUUAAGCUUAGAAAGCCAGCGAUUACAUUCGUUUCAACAGCAUUGGGCACUAAAGUGACCUUGUCGGCGUUAAGCUUAGAAAGCCAGCGAUUACAUUCGUUUCAACAGCAUUGGGCACUAAAGUGA